UGUUAGAGUGUCGAGUUUCAUACAAACCACUCGUUAUUCAGAGGCUGCAGAUGGCAGUCCAGCCCGUCAUGCUGCGACUAGCCAGGCCUGCCGGCGCACAACUGCGCAGGCAGUUACUCGCGCGAGGAGCUACUUCUCAGCGGAGAGCCUUCGCCGAGAAGAAAGAUUCCAUCUUGAGUUCGGACCCGGCAUUCAUGCCAGGGAGCCAGAGUGCUUCGGCUCCUCUCAAGACGGAAGUACCUCUGGGCCCUGGCGGCCCGGGAAGUCCAGCACCUCCGAUCACCCCUGCGACGCCUAGCUCUUCGUCGACCAUCCCCCCCGAGAACGUCCCAAAGAUUCCUCCCAGCCCGGCACAGGUUCAGACGGCACCGCCCACAAGUUCCGCCACCGUGAGCCCGUCAGAACCCACUCCGCCGCCUCCGCCUUCGAAACCAGCGGCGCCGGCACCGCGACGUUUUCGACGCAUCAGGGCCCUGUUCUACCUGCUCUUGCUCAGCGGUCUGACAUACGGAGGAGCCGUGGUAUAUGCAUUGCGAAACGACAACUUUCACGACUUCUUCACCGAGUACAUCCCCUACGGAGAGGAGGCGGUCCUUUACUUCGAGGAACGAUCGUUCCAGAAGAGGUUCCCCCAUGCCAAGCACAACGUGCACCGUAUCAACCGAUCAGACCGGGAAAAUGUUGACGGCAAGACUACGACGAUCCCUCAGAGAUCAGGGCUUUCGUGGAGGGCUGUUCAGGACGAACCCAAGGGCAGUGAUCUGACACAAAAGGGCAAGCAUAACAGCGCGACGGAUGCCAACAAGGCUUCGACUCAAGCUCAGAUUGACCCAGCAUCCGCAAGCCCAAAAGAGAAGAAGGCGGCCGUCGAGACAGCCAAACGAGACAGCGCUGGGGAGAAGGCCACUGAGUCCACCGUCCCGAGCCCAGCUACACCGAGCCCCAAGUCAGAUCCUCGGCCCCCAGCUAUCCCUCCUGUCACGCAAAUAUCGCCUCUCACAGUGGGCAAUGCCGAUGAACCGGUCGUUCAAGAGCUCGUCAAGAUUGUCAACGACAUGAUUACAGUAGUCAACUCGGAUUCUCCCGACGCCGCGAAUAAAUAUUCAGCUCCGAUGACCAAAGCCAAGGAGUCGCUGGAAAUGGUGGCUGCCAAGAUCCACCAAGUGCGUGAGGCCGAGAGAAAAGCCGCCGAAGAACAAGUUGCACAGGCACACAAGGAAUUCGAAGAGGGUGCUCAACAACUCUUGAAGCGUAUUGAGACCGCACAGGCCGAGGAUGAAGCUAGCUUCCGGGAGGAAUUUGAGACCGAGCGAAGACGCAUUGCACAAUUAUACGAAGAGAGGCUCAAGCAUGAGGUCCAGCGCAGCACAGAGUUGACUGAACAGCGACUCAGAAAUGAACUUGCCGAGCAAGCCAUCGAGAUGAAGCGCGACUUUGUCUCCCAAAUCAAGUCUCUGGUCGAGUCUGAACGAGAGGGCCGUCUGUCCAAACUCUCGGAUCUCAGCACCAACGUCGACGACUUGACUCAGCUGACCUCCAACUGGAACGGCGUCAUUGAUGCUAACCUGGCCACCCAGAAGCUGCAGGUUGCGGUGGACGCCGUGCGAUCUGCUCUCUCUCGGUCUGCGGCGUCCGAGGCUCGCCCCAAGGCGUUUGUGCGCGAGAUGGCCGCACUCAAGCUCGCGGCCGAGGGUGACCCGAUUGUCGACGCAGCGAUCGCCUCGAUCAACCCGGCCGCGUACCAGAAGGGUAUCCCCAGCCAGCCACAACUGAUUGACCGUUUCCGACGCGUGGCCAACGAGGUGCGCAAGGCGAGUUUGCUCCCCGAAGACGCGGGCGUCGCGUCCCACGCGGCCAGCUUCGUCCUGUCCAAGGUCAUGUUCAAGAAGCACGGACAGCCCACCGGUUCGGACGUCGAGAGCAUCCUGACCCGGACCGAGACUCUGUUGGAGGAAGGAGACCUCGACGCCGCCGCCCGGGAGAUGAACUCUCUGCAGGGCUGGGCCAAGGUGUUGAGCAAGGAUUGGUUGGGUGACGUUCGCAAGGUCCUCGAGGUUAGACAGGCUUUGGACGUCAUUGAGACCGAGGCUAGAUUGCAGUGCUUACGGGUUGAGUAGAGAAAAAAACGGGUUGAAAACACACAAUGACAAAAAAGCAUGCAGAAAAAUAAGAGAGAUAGUUGGUGUUUGUUCUUGAAAUGAUCUGCACCACGCUGUGUUAGAGGGAGAGAAAAAGUGAGAAGAACAUUCUUCUCGCAUGAUGUGUAUAAACUGUAUGUAACCGUGAUUAUUAAAUAAAAGGAUCAAGUCAGGUCGCUUUUUCAAU